GUUUACCGGCUAUCAGAAACGGUUUUGUUUGUCAAAGGAGAAAAAAAAAAUCUUGUUUUCCUGACACUCCUACAGGUGCCCUAACCCUCGUGUAUUAGUGGUCUCCAGCAUGCAGUAAUUUAUUAACUAUAAGUACAAUAAUAAUAAUAAUAAUAAUAUGAUACAACCCCUACCUAAAUACAGUGUUUUAGUGGGGUCAGAGGAGUUUCAGGUCACCAGAUGGACAUUUACUGAAGCUUGAAAGUGUUGUAAUGCUGUUUAUAUCCGUCUUGUCCAUUUGGUCUGUCUCCAUGUGUUUAAGCUUUACGCUCUUUUUUUAUUGUUCCACCUGCAGAGAGGUUUAUAAACGUGGCAGUCUCUUUGGUUAGUAACUCCACGUGAUAAGUGAUUACCCAUACAGCAAAGUGGAGCUACAUUACCCCUCGCUUAAGCCAUUAUGCAAAAUGACGUGGUUGGAAAGUCGGCGAAAUUGCGUUUUUACGCUCCUCAUGCUUCAUAAAUCACGUUGUCCGUCUCCACUGUAGUGGAGAAUAACGUCGCUUAACUGUUUCCUUCCUGUUUGAAACAAUGAUCAAAUAUAAACACCAUUAAGCCAUAGUGCAGGGGGUGAUUUGUAUAGAAUUGGUUUACUUGAACUUUAUUGCAUCGCUGAGUGCCCCAUUAAGAUACCGUGGAAAGUGCCGUAAUCGCGUUUGAAGAACUCAAUGCAAAUAGCCUGUUGAAACACACUAUCAUGGUAUAAAAUAAAACACUGAGGUUUACCUGAAAAAUAGAAAAUCAGUCCCAUUGUGGCUCAAAAUGUGGCACAAACGUGGCAGGUGAGCUCGCGACUUGUGAGGGACACGCACCACGCGCACGCCGGUUUAAUUGAGUUCUGUUGCUCACUCCAACCUAAUUGGUUUACCACGAGAACGGUUGUUUAAUGGGGCGAAUACACACACUCAGACCCGCUGAAAGCUAAUGGCCAGCAAACAACGCCGAGAGUGCAGCGAGUGAAGCGACCAGCAGCGGCUCCGUGUUUGUUAUCGCCGAGGGCCCCAUCGUGCAGGGACUGUAAGCCCACGGGGCCAACUAAAUGGUGUUAAAUGAUGCAUUUACAGAAGUGUAAUGGGUACAUUUUAAAAGACACCAAGUCAGAGCCAGGUGCAAGACAAAUGAAAAAAAAGGGCUGAGGAAAUAGGCUAUGGUGUUAGAGCUUUUUAUCCAAGUUUCCAAGACAACUGUGUCCCCCAUCAAAGGCUCUUAUCUUGCAGGUCAACCAAUGUCUGCGCCCAUACCUAUCGAUUUAUCAGCCGCGGUGUGCAGACAAGAGAUAUAUCCAUAUAAAUUGUCGAUGGCUUUAGGCUGAAUCAGAUUAAUACGGAUCUGUGUGGAGGUAGGGUUCCACAGAUUCACCUGGGUAAACACAGGUGGAUGCAGGUAAACGCUGUGGUAUUUACAGAGUGGCAUUGAUUUACACGCUGACAGACGCUCUGGUUCAAAUUUGCUUAAAAAUCCCACAAGCUGCAGAAUAUCCUGGAAACUGAGAGCUAUAGCUAGGUCUGGCCUUUUGAGCAAACAGUGAAACCAAUGGUUUGGUCGCUGCAGAGUCACAUGGUGGCAGAGUGACACACCUGCGUGGAGCAGUAAGGGCCUUGCAGUUGCGCCAGAAGCAGGUGGAGCAGAAGGUGAGACGCCGAGGCAGGGCGCAGGUACGGUACAUGUGCGCGCAAACGGCCCCCACAGCCUCGGGUCCUCGGCAGCCAUGAAUCGGGAAGAUCAUUACUACCCUUCGCAGGUUUUUAAAGACCCCUGUGCCUACCAGAGAUCACAGGGUGAGGACUACAGCCACAGCCCGCCGUCCUGCCUCUACAUGAGCAGGCAGGUCCACUCCGUCUACACGCCGCCGUCCAUGGGAGCUUUGGAGCCGGCCAGCCUUCCUGACAUUACCCCCGCUUACAGUCUACCUAUGCGGGAGGAUCCAGGUGUUCCUCAGCUGCACCACCCGCAGGGGCUCCAGCAGCAGCCUCUCCCGCCUGCCGCAGGUUAUGGAGACACGGGGGAUCAGAACAGAUAUCACCUCCCUUUCCCCUGGAUGAAAACCACAAAAUCCCACUCACACACCUGGAAGGGACAGUGGGCAGGACCGUAUGUGAUGGAGACUGAGGAAAACAAACGCACAAGGACAGCAUACACGCGCGCCCAGCUGCUGGAGCUCGAGAAGGAGUUCCUGUUCAACCGCUACAUCUCUAGGCCGCGCCGCGUGGAGCUUGCUUUGACCCUGAGCCUCACCGAGCGCCACAUCAAGAUCUGGUUUCAGAACCGGCGCAUGAAGUGGAAGAAGGAGGAGGACCGAAGGAGGGCGAGGGGCGCCGACCCGGACCAGGACUCCUCCAUCACCUCUGGAGACCAGGCAGAGGCUGCGAGCGGGGUCCCUCAUGUCACUACGCCUCCUGUUUCCCCGCUACACGGCCACACUCUCUCCGCCUCUGGGCCCAGAGAGCCCGCCUAGACCCACAGGAGGCGCUUAUUCUAAAGACUAAACUCAUACUGCACGACGGAAACCCAACAGAAAUCGACCACAAGACCUGAUAGACCCCAUCUGAGUGGAAGCUUUAGGGUGGAAAAAGUGAAACCACUGGUAUCCUAGAAUUAGGAUGUGAGAUGACUAUAGUUCUCAUUUUCCAGGGACCCCCUUAAACUCCCUCAAGGACCACCGCAGCCACCUUUUAUUGGAUACCAUUGUCUGUCAUUUGCUGGACUGAAGGGACACUUCUUCAUCUCCCUUACAUGCUUUGAGAUUCUUUAGGCGCCAGAUGGCAUGCUGAGACAACCUUUAAGAGGCGGCGUAAAGAUGGACUCGCACAAACUGUGGUUGCAUGAGUUUCAAUGUGCCUUGUUUCUCAGACAUGUCAGUAGUGUACAAUCAGAUUUAUGAUGAAUGUACAUAUGCGAGAAUAUAUGUUUGCAAUAUUAGGCUAUCAAUGCUCAUUUGUAUAUAAGCCUAUAUGUUAUAUAUCAUUUCAAUUGUUAAAUUAGAAUAACUGAUCCACACGUGUUGUUUGAAUGAUUCAUUGUACAGAAUGAUGGAUGAAUAACUCACAUAAUACAUUUGGAAUAAACCAAAUA